AUGUCUUCAUUUUUAACUUCUCUAUCAGAAAAAUAUCAACUUUAUAAUGAAGAUGAAGCAAUUAAUGUAAUAUUCAAUUAUUUCAAUCAAUCAUCUAAACCAUAUGAUGAUUUACUUGAGAAUCUUUCGCAAUUAAUUAAUUCAAAUAAUAAUAAUAAUAAUGCUGAUACAAAUUUAAUAAAUUUUCUUGUUCAUUCAUUUCUUCAAUGGAAAAAUCAAUUUAAUAAAUCAUUAUCAACAUCAAUUAUAGAUGAAAAUAUUCUUAAUAAUUUUAUUUCGGAAUCAUUACCAAUUGUAUGUAUAGAAGAUUUUAUUGAAAUAUUUCAAAUAGAAAAAUCUUAUUUAAUUAAUUUAUUAAAAUCAUUAUUAAUAUAUCCAACAAAUUCACAUAUAUAUAAACGUACAUUAAAUAUAAUAGUUAAAUUAAAUUAUCAAUUAGAAUUUCAACCAAAUGAAAUUCUUUUACCAUUAAUACUCAAUUCAAAAGAUCAUCUUAUUGAUAUAUAUUUAGAUAAUCAUUUACAAUAUGAAGAAUAUUUAAUAAAUUUAUUAAAUCAUUUAUAUGAAAAUGGUGGAAAAAAAAUUCAAGAUAUUUUAAAUAAUGAAUAUAAUAUGAAAAAUAUUACAUUUAAUAAAAAAACUUUAUCAAAAUUAGCUGUACGUUAUUGGAAUUUAUAUGGUAAUGAACAAAAUGAAAGAUAUCCUAAUUUAGCAACAUUACAAAAUAAACGAACAUUAGGUUAUUUAAUUAAUGUUAAAUAUAAUAAUAUUAAUGAUGAUAAAACAAUGAGUGAUGAAUGUUGGAAUGAAUUAGUUGGAGAUAUUGUACAAGGCAAUGAUGAUUUAUCAGAAUAUUUCAUUGAAAUAUUAGCCGAUAGAGAUGAUAUUGCAGCUGUAAAAUAUUGGAUGGCUCAAUUAGAUCGACCUUAUUAUACAUUACCAGCUUGGGUUCAAAAAUAUAUUCAUAUUAAACAGAAUAGUGAAUCAAAAGCAACACCAUGUCAACAAAUCAGGAAAGAAAAUUCUACUAUUGAUUAUUAUAAUGUUCCAUUAGAAAAUAAUGAAAUAAUUUUUAUUGAUUCAAUGCCGGCAUAUGAACGUUUACUUGAUCGAUUAUUUAAAAAUAAUAAUGAAGAAAUAUUGAUAGGAUUUGAUUGUGAAUGGAAACCACUCUUUAAUCAUACAUCAACAUCAAAACAACGUAUAAGUGUUAUGCAAAUAGCAUUACCAAAUGAAAUAUUUCUACUUGAUUUACUUCAUUUUUUUCAUACAUGUGAUUCAGAAAGCAUACAACAACGUUUAGCAAAUCGAUUAUUUGAUAAUGAUUAUGUAACAUUACUUUGCUAUGGUUUUAAAACUGAUGCUGCUAUGCUUGUUGCUUCGUAUCCUAUAUUUGAUCGAGCACUUCUUUCAGGAAAAACUUUACUUGAUUUAUCUCUUGUACAAAAUGAAUUACUUACUGCUAACCGUGGUAUAUUUCCAUAUGCUACAAUAAAUAAUAAUAAUGUUUCAUCAAAAGAUAAAGGUCUCAGUGAAUUUGUUCGUUUAUGUUUUGGUAAACCAUUGAAUAAAUCUGAACAAUGUUCAAAUUGGGAACGGCGACCAUUAAGAAAUGCUCAAAUUUUAUAUGCUGCAACGGAUGCAUAUUGUUUGGUUGAAAUUUAUAAAUUUCUUUUGAAUAAUCUUCAAUCAUCUGAUUAUUUAAAAGCAUUUCGUGGUAGAAAACCAAAAAAACUUGAUUCAACUAUAGCUCGUCAAAUUGAUGAAAAUUUUCAAGAUACACCUAAUAAUAAUAAUAAUAUUAAUCAAUCUCAAACAUUAGACGAUGUUAGUCAGAUUUCAAAUGAAAUUAAACGUCCUUCUCAAAUUAAAUUUGUUGUUGAUAAUAUGUUAUAUGGUUUAGGAAAAGAAUUACGUGUAGCCGGUUGUGAUGCAGUGAUUUUAGGUAAUGAUGAUCCACAUACAGAUGCUAUUAGAUAUGCUCGAGCAGAGAAUCGAAUUAUUUUAUCACGUGGAGCUCCAUAUAAUCUCUUACGAUCUCACACUGUCGAAGGUCGUUGUUGGCAACCACCAUUAAAUAUUCCAGCUAAACAACAAUGUGCUGCUGUUCUUAAACAUUUCAAUGUAAAAAUAUUACCAGAAGAUAUAUUUAGUCGAUGUACAUUAUGUAAUGGUGGCGAUUUUGCUAUUGUUGAUGGUCGUGAUAUGCGUAUACUUUGGUGUAACAUGAAUAAUUAUUUAAUAAAAGAUCUUGAACCUGAUCUUAUUAAUUAUAAAUCAGAAAUGAUUGAUAUUGAUCGUAUGACAUUAUAUAAUGAAAAUGUUCCGUUAGAUCUAACAGGUUUAACAUUAAAAAAUUAUCGUUCAUAUAAAGAAUUUUAUAUAUGUCGUAAAUGUGGAAAAGUCUAUUGGCAAGGAACACAUUGGAGACGACGACUUAAUCGAAAUACAUUAUUAACAGAAAAUGAAUCUAUACAAGAUGAUAAUGAUGAUGAUAAUAGUGAUGAUGGUAUCAUUUUUUAUGAUGCUGAAAGUACUAUAUGA